AUGGUGAAGCAGGGUAAACAACAAGGAAUUGUUGUAAAAGAAGAUUGCAGCAAGCUAUCAAUAGGCUGCAGGUGCUCACCGAUCGCUUUUCACCUAACUAUGGAAGGUGUGAAAAAAGUGAUGAAGAAACAACAUCAUGAAGUACUGAAGAAAAAUCCCUUCUAUCACUACAUGGACAUGCCUAAAAUAAACCACAGCUUCCAUAGGGUUGUGUCUCUCAUGCAAGCGUACAAUCCAGAAGAUCGGGCCUUCUGGUUUGGGGGAAAUACUAUACGCUUGGAAUUCACUCCGCAGCAAUUAUCUAUCGUAUUAGGGCUGCAGUACGAAGGCGUACCGGUGGAUGUGAAUAUGGAUGGCAGAGACACUGAUUUCAUCACACGUAUUUUUGAUGGUAAGUUAUCUUUAAUGACGAGGCCAUAUAUUGGUUAUAAACUGGAGGCCUAUGCAGUUAUGACCGAUCAACAAUCUGUUGAAGAUUUCAGCAGAUUGUACACUAUUUAUCUGUUUAAUACUAUUCUACUGCCAAAGGGGAACAAAACGUUAGAAAGGUGGGUUUAUCCGCAUGUAGAAGAUUUGGAGGUUUUAGGGUCUUUUGCAUGGGGAAAGUUGGUGUAUGAUAUUCUUGUUGAGAAUAUGGAGGGGUAUCUGAAGGGGGGGUUGAAGUAUUUUGAUGGAUGCACUAUCGGCUUAUUGGCAUGGGUGCAUGAAAGGAUCACGUCACUAGGGGUUAGCACCAGUGUUUACAAAUUUCCCCGGUUCUUCCGGUGGCAAGACAGCAAAAUCCCAAUCGAUGAAGAAGCAGCUAGGUUGCUUUUUGAUCAGAUAAAACAAGUGCAGGUUAUACCAUUUUCUGUGUACCCGAAAGAGAAAGCGUUGCUUUCUCCGGUUUUGGAAGUAAUUUCUGGUCCAGUUGUUGGAAUUAGUGCUGACAGAUUUGUGGAAAUAAGUUCUGAGAGUAGUGAAGAUGAGAUUGGAGACGUGGAAGCAACACCUAAUGCCGAUUAUUACCGGGGAAGAAAGGACUACGUACGUCGUGACCAAAUAUCCGAAGAAGAUAGGAUAUUGUUGGAUCAGUUCUUGGAAAGUGUUGAUUUAGGGUAA